UGGUAUUAUUUAUAGAGAGAGAAAGUGUGUAGAGAGAGAAAAAAGAGAGAUAUUUUUGUUGUAUGAGCCUCAGAUGCUCCAUCUUGCAAAAUUAGGGUUUCAACAGCGUUUCGUCUUCCAACGACUUCGUGGCUAAGUUUCGCAGGUUUUGAUUUUGAAGCUAAGGAUAGAUAAGUUGAGAUUAUUGCAUUUGAUGGUGAAGAAAUUUGUGUAAUUUUGAAUCGAAGUUAUUGCUAUUUGACAGAAAAUUAAAUUGCGUACAGUGGUUGUAGGGAAUUUUCUGCAAUUGGAUUUGAGUUGAAACAAAGGGUGAAUUGUUGUGUUGACUAUGCGGAGUUCAUGGGCUGAUUCAGUUGCUGCAGCUGAGACCGCUGCGGCUGGUUCUACUGCUAAUAAUUCAAGUGCUGGUAACAACUCGGCUAGGACUCGAUCCACAUAUGUUCCUCCACAUCUACGUAAUAGGGCACCUUCGUCAGACCCACCAGCACCAGUUUACAGUAGCUCAACUUCUGGGACAGAUGGAUCUGGGUAUGGUGCUCCCGCAGGUGGGAAUCGUUGGGGAGGUCCUAGGAAUGAUUAUAAUAAUCGAUCUGGGUAUAGUAGUGGCGGUCGUGGCGGUGGUUGGAACAACAGAACUGGUGGUUGGGAUCGGGGGAGGGAGCAGGAAGUUAAUCCCUUUGCAGGUAUCGAAAAUGCAGUGGAAGAGGUUGGUGAACAGGAGAACUCUGGGAUUAACUUUGACGCCUAUGAAGAUAUUCCCGUGGAGACUAGUGGGGAUAAUGUGCCACCUGCUGUGAACACAUUUGCAGAAAUUGACUUGGGUGAAGCGCUCAAUCAAAAUAUACGUAGGUGCAAGUAUGUGAAGCCAACACCAGUGCAGCGGCAUGCCAUUCCAAUCUCUCUUGGAGGCAGGGAUCUGAUGGCUUGUGCCCAGACUGGGUCUGGCAAGACAGCUGCUUUCUGCUUCCCAAUUAUCAGUGGAAUUAUGAAGGACCAGGCUGCACAGAGACGGCCUCGUGGGCGUGUUGCUUUCCCACUUGCUCUUAUUCUCUCUCCAACAAGGGAGCUUUCAAUGCAAAUUCACGAAGAAGCUAGGAAAUUUGCAUAUCAAACUGGUGUCAAGGUGGUUGUUGCUUAUGGUGGAGCACCUAUUAACCAACAGCUGCGGGAAUUGGAAAGAGGGGUUGAUAUACUUGUCGCAACCCCUGGGCGAUUGGUGGAUUUGCUUGAGAGGGCAAGAGUUUCGUUAGAGAUGAUAAAGUAUUUAGCUCUAGACGAGGCAGAUCGAAUGCUGGAUAUGGGUUUUGAACCUCAAAUAAGGAAAAUAGUUGAACAAAUGGACAUGCCUCCACCAGGUGUUAGACAGACCAUGCUGUUCAGCGCCACCUUUCCGAAAGAGAUACAGAGACUGGCUUCUGAUUUUCUUGCAAGCUACAUCUUUCUGGCUGUUGGAAGAGUUGGUUCUAGUACCGAUUUGAUUGUACAAAGGGUAGAAUUUGUUCAUGAGUCUGACAAGAGAAGCCAUCUCAUGGACCUCCUUCAUGCGCAAAAGGCAAAUGGUGUUCAUGGAAAGCAAGCUCUGACUUUGGUUUUUGUGGAGACGAAGAAAGGAGCUGAUUCACUGGAACAUUGGUUGUGUAUGAAUGGGUUUCCUGCUACUACCAUUCAUGGUGACAGAACACAGCAGGAAAGAGAAUAUGCCUUGAGGUCCUUCAAAAGUGGCAACACUCCAAUUUUGGUCGCAACAGAUGUGGCAGCGCGUGGUCUUGAUAUCCCUCACGUUGCACAUGUGGUCAAUUUUGACCUUCCGAAUGACAUUGACGAUUAUGUCCAUCGAAUAGGGCGGACAGGGCGAGCUGGGAAGUCAGGGUUGGCUACUGCAUUCUUUAAUGAGAACAAUGCUUCAUUGGCGAGGCCACUAGCUGAUUUAAUGCAAGAAUCAAAUCAAGAAGUACCUGCUUGGCUUUCACGCUUUGCAGCUCGAUCUUCCUAUGGUGGUGGAAAGAAUCGUCGAUCUGGGGGAGGACGGUUUGGGGGUCGUGACUUUCGAAGAGACUCUUCUUUCAAUAGGGGCGGUGCGGAUUACUAUGGCGGCGGAGGAGGCACUGGUUAUGGGGCUUCAGGGGGUGGGUACAGUGGAGGAGGGUAUGGUCCUGGGGCGACCAGUGCGUGGGACUAAUAUCCCAUUUUUUUGCCUCACUUGGUUUCGUCUUCAAGACAUCAUGGUUCUUGUUGUGGCAGCAAGCUUCACUUAUUUUAUAGGAUGCAUAUUUUUUUUUUUUGUUUCUUCUCAUUUUUGCCAUUGUGUCUGAUAUUUGAAGUUCCCCCCUUGGCUUUGUAAUCCUAGACUAGAAUUUUUCUAAUGUUAUGGAGAGGGGGAGUUGAAUGUUUUGGUUUUGGCACCAAGAGGAUACGAGGUUUGUAAUGUUGGCAAGUGGUGGUGAAUAACUACCAACAGUUUAGGGUUUACUUUUGUUUUUCUACUUUUCAUUGUUGAUGAUUUCUGUUGGGGAAAAAAAAUACUAUAUACAUUAUAACAGAUUUGUCACCUUAUUUUUUAACCAUUAGAUACAAAGACAUGGAUCCCAUGUUUAUUUCUUAAUGUGGGCUUUGUUAUAUUAGUGUCUAGUGACAAGAAAAUAUUGUGAGAAAUCUGUAUAUAUAUAAUGUGUUACUUAUCAAUAAUAGUAUAGAACUAUCUCACUA